AUGGAUCAAAGCCUCUCGAAUGCGCCGCCUUCUACCUCAGCGCCAGCGACUCAAACACAGAGCCGCCUCCCUCCCAACACGAUAUCUCGCAAAGCGCCACGCAAAGCCACUGUCGUUUCCACUCCAACGAUAUCCAGUCCUUCAAAAAAGAUAGGACCAAAGCCGAUAAAACCCAAGCCGAAGUCUAAGGACAAAGACCUCAAAGAGCCCCGCAAAAUAGACACAUCAACCACAUCGCAUAACAUCUCACAAAACUCUGCGAAGGAUGCCAUAGCACUACCGCGAGACGUAUUCAGACCGGGCACACCGCUACCAACAGGCUCGUUGAAGGCCCUUGCGCAGGCGUCGAAGAAGCGUAAAGUCAUUGGAUCCGACUCGGGAAUUCUCAGCAUGAAAGCCGAUAGAGCAGAGAAGCUCAGUCCUUUGUCUAUAGCAUCUAUAUCGCAAGCCUUAGCACGAGUUACCGACACACUGCCACAGUUCCAACGUCCUCAACUUCCGCUACCUCGGUUCGAGUACAGUCUUACGCCGCAGCUUGAAAGCAUCAAGAUGGCGUUUGGCAAGGACAACUGGACGGAGUAUGUUAUCGAGAUCGAGAAGCACGAGCUGGGAGAGAUCACUGAUGCUGAGUUCGAGGCAAAAGAGUGGAGGAUCUUCCAAACGCCAAGUAUUCCUGGACUGCAGAGGGCGAUCAAGGGGUUGGUGGUGGAGCAGAUAUCCGACCCUGAAGCCACAGAGUAG